AUGUCAUCAAAUGAAUCUUCCCAAGAAGAACGACCCCAACAAGGAGGUUCCGCUAAGAGUUCUCGCUGGCGAGGAUCCCUAGGACGCAGAUGGAUCCAGCGGUCGGUAAUAGCGGGCUUGGCCGGCUUGUCCACAAGCUUGUACAUGAGCAAUGUGACCGUUGCCUCGGUCCUGGACUAUUCAGAUUUGAAUAGUAUAACCCUUGACUCAACUUUGGAUCAUUUUCGGCCUGUUGGCAAGGAUUCAUAUUGGAAUGAUGCUCGAGAGGAGGUCAAAGAUGCCUUCGUUGUCAGUUGGGAUGCAUAUGCCGAACAUGCAUGGGGACAGGAUAUCUAUCAUCCGAUUUCUAUGACGGGCGAACAAAUGAGUCCUACCGGCUUGGGCUGGAUGAUCGUUGAUAGUCUGGACACAUUGAUGAUCAUGAACUUGACAGAUCAACUAUCGGAUGCCCGCAAGUGGUUAAAUCGGGGCCUCUCCUACGACCAAGAUCAAGAUGUGAAUACAUUUGAAACGACGAUUCGAAUGCUCGGCGGGCUUUUGUCAGCUCACUACCUCUCAACUCAACUUCCAGACGUAUCAUCUCGGCGGGAUUAUGUUUAUUUGCAAAAGGCGAUAGAUCUUGCCGAUAGACUUCUCGUUGCAUAUGAAACUCCCUCGGGAAUUCCCUAUGCCAGUGUUAACAUUGGCAAGCGAGAAGGUCUGCCCUCGCAUGCAGACGAUGGAGCUUCGUCAACUGCAGAAGCGACCACUCUGCAGAUCGAGAUGAAAUAUUUAGCCCAGCUCACUGGCAAUGAAGACUACUGGCGCAGGGCUGAAAAUGUCAUGAAGGUGAUAGACGAUCAGGCUAUGCAGGAUGGCUUGCUGCCUAUUUUUGUGCACCCUGAUUCGGGCAGAUUCCAGUAUCCGGAGAUCCGACUUGGCAGUCGUGGAGAUUCCUACUACGAAUAUCUAGUGAAGCAGUACUUGCACACGGAUGGCAAUGAACCGAUUUACAGUGAAAUGUGGGAGGAGGCACUGCAGGGUAUUCAACGAAACCUUGUCACUACCACCAAACAUUCAAAUCUCCAAAUAAUCGCAGAAUUGCCUCAAGGUAUCGGGGGCAGACUCUCACCGAAAAUGGAUCAUCUUGUCUGCUACCUGCCGGGCUCGAUAGCGAUCGGUGUUACGGAAGGAAAAACAGAAAAGGAGGCGCGCAAGUUACCGACCUGGAACGCGCAAAAGGAAGAGCAGAUGAAACUUGCGAGAGAGCUCAUGAAGACCUGCUGGGCAAUGUAUGCCGUGACAAAUUCCGGGCUCUCGCCCGAAAUUGCGUGGUUCGAGGCAGAUGAAGCGGACCUUGUCCCAUUUGCUGGGCUUAAGCCUCGACCUCGCAGCAGCAACAAUGUUAAGAAUUGGAAGAAAGACAUUAAAAUUAAGCCUCUCGACGCGCAUAACUUACAGCGCCCGGAAACGGUUGAAAGUCUCUUUUUGAUGUUCCGAGUAACUGAAGAUCCGAUUUAUCGCAAAUGGGGAUUGGAGAUUUUCAAGGCGUUCCAAAAUCACACGAAGCUUGAAGGUGGAAAGGGGUAUACGUCCUUAGAUGAUGUCACGAAGAAUCCGCCAACGCAGCGGGAUAACAUGGAAAGUUUCUGGCUGGCCGAGACUUUGAAAUAUUUCUAUUUGCUCUUCUCACCCAGAGACCUUCUUCCAUUGACUGAAGUGGUCUUCAAUACGGAAGCCCACCCGUUCCCACGUUUAAAGCAUCCAAAAUUCCAAACGGGCUGGACAAGAAAAGAGCGUCCCUCAUUUCCUUUCUAG